AGAAGAAGGCGGGUUUGGCCUCCCGGCCCGAAGAUGCCGUACCUGGGCUCCGAGGACCCCGUGAAGGAGCUGAAGAAGGCCCUGGGCAACCCCCACGUCCAGGCUGACCGGCCCCGCUACCGGAAUGUCAUCCAGCGGCUCAUCAGGCACAUGACCCAGGGAGUGGAUGUGUCCAGCGUCUUCAUGGAGAUGGUGAAAGCCAGCGCGACCACGGAUAUUGUGCAGAAGAAAUUGGUGUACCUGUACAUGUGCACCUAUGCCCCUCUGAAGCCAGACCUGGCUCUCCUAGCCAUCAACACUCUCUGCAAGGACUGCUCCGAUCCCAACCCCAUGGUUCGAGGCCUGGCUCUCAGGAGCAUGUGUAGCCUCAGGAUGCCCGGCAUCCAGGAAUACAUCCAACAGCCCGUUCUAAAUGGUCUGCGGGACAAGGCCUCGUACGUCAGGAGGGUAGCGGUCCUCGCCUGUGCAAAGAUGCACAAUCUUCACGAAGAGUCCGAAGUGGAUGGCGCAGUGGUAAAUGAGUUGUACAGUUUGCUGCGGGACCAAGACCCCAUCGUGGUGGUGAAUUGCCUGAGGGCCCUGGAGGAGAUCCUGAGGCAGGAGGGCGGUGUCGUCAUCAAUAAGCCUAUCGCCCACCACCUUUUAAACCGCAUGUCAGACCUGGACCAGUGGGGCCAAGCCGAGGUUCUGGGCUUCUUGCUGCGCUACCGGCCCCGGAGCGAGGAGGAACUCUUCGACAUCCUCAACCUGCUGGACGUCUUCCUCAAGAGCGGCAGCCCGAGCGUGGUGAUGGCGGCCACCAAGCUCUUCCUGAUUCUGGCGCAGGAGUUCCCCCAGGUGCAGGCGGACGUGCUAGCGCGGGUCAAGGGGCCGCUUCUCACAGCCUGUUCGUCGGGCAGCCGGGAGCUCUGCUUCGCCGCCCUAUGCCACGUGCGGCAGAUCCUGCGCAGCCUGCCCGGCCAUUUCAGCAGCCACUAUAAAAAGUUCUUUUGCUCGUACUCGGAGCCGCACUUCAUCAAACUGCAGAAAGUCGAAGUGCUCUGCGAGCUGGUGAACGAUGAGAACGCCCAGCAGGUGUUGGAGGAACUGAAAGGCUACUGCACGGAUGUGGCUGCCGAUCUGGCGCAGGCUGCCGUCUUUGCCAUAGGUGGUAUCGCCAGAACUUACACAGAGCAGUGUGUACAGAUACUGACGGAACUUCUGAGCCUCAAGCAGGAACACAUAACUUCAGCUGUGGUGCAGACUUUCCGUGACUUGGUGUGGCUCUGUCCACAGUGCGUUGAGGCGGUGUGUCAGGCCCUGCCCAACUGUGAAGAGAACAUCCAGGACAGUGAGGGCAAACAGGCACUGAUCUGGCUGUUGGGGGUGCAUGGGGAGAAAAUCCCUAAUGCGCCCUAUGUGCUGGAAGACUUUGUGGAGAAUGUGAAGGCUGAGACCUUUCCAGCCGUGAAAAUGGAACUACUGACUGCCCUGUUGCGUCUCUUCCUGUCCCGCCCCGCUGAGUGCCAGGACACGCUGGGUCGGCUGCUGUAUUACUGCAUAGAAGAGGAGAAGGACAUGGCUGUGCGGGAUCGGGGACUCUUCUACUAUCGCCUCCUUUUAGCCGGUAUUGACAAAGUGAAAAGGAUCCUGUGCAGCCCCAAAUCUGAUCCGUCCCUUGGGCUCCUGGAGGACCAAACAAAAUGUCCCGUGAACAGCUGGGCCUCCGAUUUCAACACACUGGUGCCUAUGUACGGCAAAGCACGUUGGGCGGCCCUUGCCUCCUACCAAGUGACAGAGCCCCAGGCUCCAAAUGCUCCCGGAGCUGCAGCCGUCGCUUCCCUAGGAUCCCCGACGUCAGAGAAGAGCGAGGAAGAGCUGCGAGCCCAGCCCGAUUCCGAGGCGCUCCUCCUGGUCUCUCCGGGCCAGCUGACCGCCGAGCAGUUUGAGAGGUCUUGGCUGAGCCUGGAAGUGGCCUGCCAGCAGGUCCUGCCCUGGCCCGGCCCGGUCCAUCCGGAGACCUUCCAGGCAGCCCUGCCGGUCGUCAACAUCCAGGCCAUUGCCGUGAGCAAGCCCGGAGCGCAACCCUGGAAAGCCUAUCUCGGUGCCUCGGAUGACACAGGCUGCCUCUUCCUAACAGAACUGCUGCUGGAGACAGAGAACUCACAGAUGCAGAUCUCAGUGAAACAAAGCGAAGCCAGGGCUGAAGCACUGUGUGCUUUUGUUUCUGUGUUAAAAUCAGUCCUAGGGACAGUUGCGGGGGUGAAAUCUUGAUCGAUCUGGGGCUUCCUGGACCCUAAGGUUUGUGAUCAGGUCCCUCGGUUGGUUUUCAGAGCUGCUGGUCGAGUCCAAGUGGUAUCACCGAGGUGUGAGGGAGAAUGUAAUCUGGAAGCUCGGAUUCCUCAGUUCUCUUCCUGACUCCCUCUAUAUCGGUGGUAGAUAAUCGCAUUUCUCCACAGAGAAAUGUUGGUAAGCAGCUUUGAUGUCUGGAAGUAAAGGGCUAGUAAAUUAUGGUGAUUAGUAUAUUCAAAGCCAUUUUGUGGGUCUGAAUAGAUUCCGUGGCUUGACUAGUUGUAUGUUCGCGGGAUCUAAUCCCCAUACGUGGCUCUGAGUACAGUAUUCAGGUCCUGGGGGGAGGAUUCUUUUGUACUUUGUUAUUGAAAGUGCUGUUCAGUAAAGUCUAGAAAUUUCUCACUCCUCCAGAGAAUGUUUACAGUGUUGUUACCCUGACAGCAAACGAAAAUCGAAAUUGAGGUUCAAGAGAAGAAGACAAAGGCAAUGGAGAUUUCUCAUCAAAUUGUGAAUUUAUGUCCAACAGGAAUCAAAAGCUACACUUUUGAAACUUAAUACCAAAGAAAUGGCCCAUGGCUCAACGUUCUGAAAGAACGACGUUGCUGAACUGACAGAGGCUUCGGAAGCCUGUAGAAACUCGUCCCUUAGAGAUGUGAGGGAGGGGCGGUAAAAUAGGAAUGUGUGUUUUUUGGAAAAUAAAUGCCUUUGAAAAAUUA